UGAAAACUGCCGAAGAGCUCUGACCGAAUACAUUCCAAGGAGGAUACUUUCAAGUAACUCCCUGCAUAUCGUUUAGAAAGUACUUACAUACGAUAUCUAGAACAAAAUGGAGAAACGUUUGUGUCCACUGUUUCGUAGAUAAAAAUUAAUAAGUUGUCCAUGUUCGUUAUAUCAUUGACAGUUGAUAUGGUAUGAUCAUGGCGGAAUCCACGAGUACGUUGGAGAAUGAUAAAGUUAAAUGUAAAAUUUUAAUUGUCGGUGCCGGAAUGGCCGGAUUGUCGGCCGCGAAUCAUUUAUUGAAAAACCAUGAAACCGAUUUUUUGAUUGUCGAAGCACGAAAUCGGAUAGGCGGUCGUAUCGUCGCUAUAAAAAUCGGCAAUGAAAAAGUCGAGUUAGGUGCGAAUUGGAUCCACGGAGUCUUAGGAAACCCAAUGUUUGAAUUAGCGAUGGUAAAUGGAUUAAUAAACAUAGUACGCGUACCAAGGCCUCAUAAAGUUGUUGCGGCUAUGGAAGACGGCAAACAACUACCCUUUCCAGUUUUGCAAGAAAUCUACGAAGCUUAUGUGUGUUUUCUAAGGCGAUGCGAAGAAUAUUUUUUAAGCCCUUAUAGUCCCCCCGAUGGAAUAAACAGCGUCGGCGCUCAUGUCGCGUUAGAGGCUGAGAUUUACUUAUCAUCUUUGCCAAUCGAAGAUAGAAGAGUUAGACAAUUGUUAUUCGACUGUUUACUUAAAAGAGAAACCUGUAUUACUGGCUGUGAUAGUAUGGAAGAUGUUGAUCUUUCCGAAAUGGGCUCAUAUGCAGAAUUACAAGGUGGCAAUAUUAGUCUUCCAGACGGAUACAGCGCUAUAUUGGAACCUGUCGCAAAACACAUACCAAAGAACAACAUUCUUACCAGACACGUUGUUACUAAAAUUAGGUGGCAAAAGAGAAAUUGCAUAGAUGUAAAUUCUGAAAAUAACUGUUCCAAUAUGAACACCAUUAUAGAGAUACAAUGUGAAAAUGGAAAAACGAUACUAGCGGAACAUGUGAUUUGUACAUUGCCAUUAGGAGUUCUUAAGGAAAAAGCUAACGAUAUAUUCGAUCCGCCUCUACCUAAAUACAAACUGGACGCCAUAGACAGACUUCUGUUCGGUACCGUGGACAAAAUAUUUUUAGAAUACGAAAGACCGUUUCUGAAUCCUGGUGUGUCGGAAGUGAUGCUUCUCUGGGAUGACAGAGGGUUGGCGGAAGAGGAAAAGCAAGACAUUAGCAAAACAUGGUUCAGGAAGAUAUAUUCUUUUACUAAAAUUUCAGAAACCUUGUUAUUAGGGUGGAUUUCGGGGAAGGCUGCCGAAUAUAUGGAGCGGUUAAGUACAACGGAGGUUGCAGAUGUGUGCACGACGAUAUUGAGAAAGUUUCUCAACGAUCCGUUCGUACCAGCGCCAAAGAAUUGCGUACAUACCUCGUGGCACUCGCAACCGUACACUCACGGUUCCUAUACCGCAAUGGCGGUCGGUGCGAGUCAAUUAGAUAUCAAUUGUUUAGCCGAGCCUAUAAAACAAGAGGACGAUCCAUCGAAGAUCGUAAUAGCGUUUGCUGGCGAGCAUACGCAUUCUUCCUUUUAUAGUACGGUACACGGAGCGUAUUUGACCGGUCGAACCGCUGCCCAAACGCUUCUGGAGUCGAAAAAGAACGAAAAGAACUCGUUGAGUCUCAUUUGCGAAGACACAAAUGACCUUAGCUCGUGGAUACAAGGGAUCUCCUUGAACUAAUAAAUGUUCGGAUUUAUUAGAAAAUGAACCGAAGGUUAUUCUGUAUGUCGACGUUUUCACACUUAUCGAGCACAAUUUAUUACCGAGGUACGAACGAUAUUUUACACAUUGUCAAGGCGGUGACGAACGUGAUCUAUAGGUGUUUAGUAUUAAUGCGAAAUUCGUAAACUGUUUUUUUUUCUUUUUUUUUUUUGUAAAUACCGUAGAGGAUUGUUUAUAUUAUGUACAUAACGAUGCCUGUUUAAAAAUCUUAAGACUUCAUAAACGUGCAUUUUGUUGAUUUUACGGCACGGUCUCGCCUUUCUUUGUCGACCAAGAAAGGAACGACGUUUGAAAAUCGUAUUGCAAGACGAUGCUUAAUUUUAUGGGAUCACCUAACGCGUAGUACAGAAGUUUUAUAUAUUCAAUGCCGUCGGAAAUGCUUUCUAUCGUAGGCAGAUUAUUUCAAAACGUCCGCAAUUGUUAGUCAUUACUAGGGUUGUCAUCUUUUUAACACCGCUGAAUAACCUUUUAAUUAAUUAGGCAUGUUUACGAUAUGUUUUGAAUCUUGUCCGUGUUUAAAACACAGAGAAGUGUAGCAGUUGUUGAAAUUUCUGCGAAACAAGCAAAGCUUGCUAGUUUGUUAUCGUUUCGUUCAUUUUAAAUUUGAAUAAUUCUGUCACGAAAGAUUUUUAAUGGCGGAAUGUCAAGAGUGGAGUGUUGUGCACAAAAAUAUGAAAGUCAGACAGGUGGCAGCCCUGGUUAUUAUAUCAAAUAAUGAAAAUAUAUUUGUUGUUUGAUUUGCGUUUGCAAGAUAAGGGAUAAUAUAAUGUUAGUGCAACAUUAUUUCGAAUCCAUAUGUUAUGCAACCAAAAAGAUUAAAUCAAACACUCAUAUUUCCAUAGAAAUUUUAGCGAUAUUCAUCGUCGAAUGCAUAUGCGUGCAUGAUUACACGCAUACGUUUAUGCACACAGUUUGCAAAACACUUGCAAAAAUUCCUAAGUUACAGACUUUUAUUUAACGUGAAAUUAGUAUUCUCUAUGUUCCAUUUUUAAUUAUUUUUACUCGGAAGUAUUAUAAGAAAAGUGCAUUUUAUCUAGUCACAUUGUGUUAAGCAAUUUAGUUUUAAACGAGUAACGAAAUAUCCGUCGUUUUUAUGGUUUUUAUGGCUAGUUUGCAAUAAGAUCAAUCACCAACAUGAAUUAUCAUGUGAAUCGAUAUUCCAUAAUUUUGUAUAAUUAAAACACUAGAAUAGACAAUUUCGAGUGUGUCCCGCUACUUUUAAAACAUGACAAAAACCUUUGCAACGUUGUUGUUUUAUUACAUAUAUAUAUAUAUGUAUAUGAAAAACCUUUUGAAAAUAUUUUUUCAGUGCAUAGUUUGUAUUUCUAAGAUCCUAAAUAAUUUUUCUGCAACUGCCACUCAAUAUUAAAUCAUGACAACGCAAAUCGAAGAAUAACUCGUAAAAGACAAAGAAAUGUUAUAUUAUGCACAGAUAGUAUUAUAACUGAAAUAAAUAAUUUUUAGUAAUUAUCUUAAUUGAUUAUUUCACACUCUUGGUCAACCUGUAUGUACCAUUUCCAAAACGGAUAGAAAAACAAAGCAGAAUAUAUUAUUAAUUCGAUUCGAUGAAGUCGAUAUUUAGAAAUAGUUUAUUUAGUUUUCUUAAUUAAGAAAGUUUAACGUUGUUUUCAAUUGUGUUAU